CAAAAAUCCUAGGGAGAAGCAGUUUGACUAUCCAUUUCUCAGUAUCAAGGAGGAACUAAAGGAUUUUGAACCACCACAAGAUUUGGUUGAUUUUCUGAGCAAGGGACGGAAGCCAAUAUAUUUUGGCUAUGGAUCUAUGCAUAGUUUCAGUGACGAGGAAGGUCGAGUUUGUUUAUGGCUUGAUGUUAUGAAAAAGCUUCCAAGUAAUCAACGCGCUAUAUUUGCCGGAGUGUCCCGUGUAAAAAAUGAUGAAUUGACCGAAAGCAUACAAAAUAAAAAAAUAUAUGUCGUUAGUCAUAUCCCACAUUCAUGGUUGUUCCCCAAAGUUGCAUGUGUUGUUCAUCAUGGUGGCGCAGGAACGACACACGCAGUAGCUAGAGCAGGAGUUCCGUCGAUUGUGAUACCACACUUUGCCGACCAACCAUGGUGGGCUUCCCUAUUGUACCGACAUGGUCUCACGGUAAAUUCUGGAAUCUCAGCAAAAUCGGUUACUGCAGAUAAAUUAUAUCAUGCCUUAUUGGAUUUGCUGACCGAUAGUGAGGUAAUAGAUAAAGCAUCCGUGUUUGGUGCACGGAUCAGGAAAGAUCAAAGACGAGAUCCGGUUACAAAGAUCGUAAAAUAUAUCGAAAGCUAUUGGGAUAGCUUGAAUUGGGACACCCUUUCUUUGGAAGACGAACAAAGUUAUGCAAGUUCAGAAAGUUUAUGA